AUGACAACAGCCACAAGCUCUACAGCCCUACAGGUCCAUCUAGAGCAUGUUUACAUAGAAAAACAAUGGAAACCAUCAGGUUCGUCCACAGGUCAUAUAGCUGUGGUUUGCUUUAGUGCUCUGGCUGUGGUUGCAGUUUUCUGUGGUAUUUUCUAUUACUAUCACCACAGGAGGUCCACACAAGAAGCUAAUCAAGGCCAACCUGAUGGAGAAGAACACAUUGGGUUGACUAAUGUAAAUGGGAACACUGGGGACACUGAUCGACCAAACAGUGCAGGUGCAGAAACACCUGAUCAGGAGAAACAUUCAAAAAACAGUGAUUUUAUCGUGAAAGAUGAAAUUAAGUUGAUGAAAACGAUGAGAGGACAGUCUGUCACGCUACACACCGAUCUCACUGAAAUAGAGGAAAAUGAGCUGAUCUGGUGGAAAUUUGCUGAUUCCAGCGUAAACAAAGAGGCUGAAUUUUCAGUCAUAGCUAAAUGGGAUAAAACAAACAACAAGGAAAACCUAUGCAAUGAAGAAAGAUUCAGAGACAGGUUGCAUCUGCACCACAAUACUGGAUCUCUGACCAUCACAAACAUCACAGAUGAACACUAUGGAAAUAAAAAACUAAAAAAAAACAUCUAA